CAUAGACAGUAUAUAAGAAGAGGCCAUGACCCAUCUACUGUCUAUGGCUAUGACCCAUGCUGGUUUGUUUUUACAGUCUAUGGUUUUGACACAGGCGUAACAGUCAGUAGUGUGAACGUAUGUGCUCGUUCUGCCGUGUGCUUGUAAAUUAGCGAGCUGAUCGCCAUGAUGCUGGAGAGGAGCAGGGUGACAGUGGUGGCGGAUAUCUUCUUCAGCAGGAGACUCUCAUCUAAAGAGGAGGAGGAGGAGAAAAUCCACUGUCUCUGCUCCAGAGCCUUUGUGCAGGAUCGGGAACUGUAUCGUUCUGAUAAUAGAUUGCUCUCAUCUGAUCUGGGAGACACUGUAGUCCAAGAAGAAGAGGAGGAAGAGGAGGAAGAAGGGGAGGCUGAGGUGGAGGAAGAGGAGGUGUUGGAUGAAGAGACUCAGCUGAUGGCCAGCAUGGGUCUGCCUCUGGCCUUUGUCUGCUCCUCUGACACGAGGAGGGCGAGGAGGAAGCCUGCCACACACUGGGCAGAAUCUGCUGAAGAGGAGGAAGAGGAAGACGAUCUACAGGUUGACAACAAAGUAGUUGAAGAGAAGGAAGUGUGUGAUCCACCGGAGGAUGGAACACAUGAGACCCAAGCUGCUGGCUGGGAAACCUACUGGGCUCAACAGGGUGAAGCUCUGCUGUGGAGCAGCUGGCUGGAGAAACAUCCAGAGACUGAUCCAGGAGCAGUGGCAGCGCUUUGGGAUGACCCAGACACAAAAGCUGCCUGGGACAAACAUGCCACGGAGACUUACUACUCCUACUGGGAGCAGUACUCGUAUUGGUCAGCCCAGGGCUGGACCACUGACCAGUCCGUCUGUGAUGGAAACACUGGUGGUGGAGACGCAGCAGCAGGGGUAAUGGGCGGAUGCAUGGAGACGCACACAGAGGAAUGGAGGAAUGGACAGACUGGGGCUGAGAGCCAACAGAUAGAAGAAGCGAAGGCUCUUCAUGAUGACGACGAGGUUUUGAGUGAUCUGUUUGGACAGAGCUGCACGUUAGAAGCAGCUGGGAGAUCUGACUCCGAGAGAGACAGACGGUGCGUGAGUGUGGCUGAUAUGGAUCCUCCUUCUGACGGUGGGAAUAGUAACAAGAGACCUGCUGCCUCUUCACAGGACAACACAGCUGAACAGACAGAUUCCCAGCAGCGCUCCAGCAGCUCUAACAGACAGUACGGCUCAAGGAAUAAGAUGCCAAAUAGAGAAUAUGAUGACGAUGAUGACAAACCCCCAGAAGGAGGACAUGCUAAAGUCAAACGCAGUCAUGAGCUGGAUGUGGAAGAGAGCCCACAUCUGACGCCUGAGGAAGCCUGGAGCAAACUGGGACUCAAAAACAACCCAGAGCCUCUGUUCGACAGUGUGUUAAGCUUCAAAGGCAGUGCUGGUCAGAAGCAUCAGAAGCAGCGGUGGGCUAAGAGAGCGGUCCACAGCAUCAGCAAACACAUCAGGUUCCCAGAGACGUGUGGAGACAAGAACACGCAGCCACGGAUCAGCAGCUCCCUCACCAAGGUCAAAAACUUCCUUGAAAAGAACCAGAAAGAGACACAGAUGACUCCAUGUAACCAGGUUGAGAUGGGAGGAGGAAGCACACAGGAGGAUAAGCCUCCAUUUCUGAGAAGAGCUACGGGAGAAGAAAGGAAGACGAGCAGGGAGAAUAUGAAAAGUGCUGAGGAAGGAAAUACAGAGGCUGUGGAAGAAGAUAGUUCUAAUUCUCUGUCCAGUUUAGAUGCUGAGCAAACUCUCAACUCUGCUACUGGAACUGUGGAUAGUGAGAGGAUGGAGGAGGAGGAGGAUCAGCCCGGUAGACCGCUACCAUGUCUAGAAAUUCCUGACUUUCUUAUAUCUGACACACCUGAAGGCAACAGUGGUAAGCAUGUAGAGUUAAGCGUGAAAAAUGGAAAGAAGCCAAAGAAUAAGAAGAGUAAACGAGCGAGGAAGCAGCCGGUCCCAGCUGAAAUGGCGGCUGAACCGGAGCUGGCUAAAUACUGGGCUCAACGCUACAGACUCUUCUCUCGCUUCGAUGAAGGGAUCCGGCUGGACCGAGAGGGCUGGUUCUCUGUGACACCGGAGAGGAUCGCUGAGCACAUCGCCCUCAGGGUGGAGCACAGCUUCCCGGACUCUCAGCUGGUCAUAGACGCCUUCUGUGGUGUGGGAGGAAAUGCCAUCCAGUUCGCCCUCACUGGAAAGAGAGUCCUGGCCAUUGAUAUCGACCCGGUGCGCUUGAACUUGGCACGGCACAAUGCUAUGGUUUACAGCGUCGCUGACCGAAUCGACUUCCUUCAAGGGGACUUUCUUCAGCUGGCACCUCGUCUCCGUGGCAAUGUGGUCUUCCUUUCACCACCAUGGGGAGGGCCAGACUACCUGACUGCUGAAGUGUUUGACAUCAAGACCAUGAUGCAGCCCGAUGGAUUUGAGAUAUUCCGCCUGGCCAAACUGAUAUCAGACAACAUAGUGUACUUCCUGCCUCGCAAUGCUGACAUGGAUCAGAUAGCCUCUCUGGCUGGUCCAGGAGGGAAGGUGGAGGUGGAGCAGAACCUCCUCAACAACAAGCUGAAGACCGUGACUGCUUACUUUGGCAGCUUGAUAAAGUCCGACAGCUAGUAACACUGGCAAAGCCAUGCAUCAAUGUGGAUUUCUACCUCCACUAAAUGAGAAUGGAAGACAAAUUGUACUUUUCCUCUAUUUCUCUAAUUAUACUAGAUAUUCCACUCAAGUACUAGAAAGUACAACAAUUUUACCCUACUUUUUUGAACUUUUUGUCAUCACACUUUGGUCACAUUCAAAUAAGAAUUAUUUCUGACUGAAUCUGAUGAUCACAAGUUACCUUUUAUGACCACCCUGCAUGUUUGAGUUUUAUGAAUAAUAAUGCGACUGUGUCCUUUUUUUAUUGUAAAUUAGCUAUGACAAUAAAUGUUUGUUUUU